AUGGGCGACGAUAAGUUCGAAUACCAGGAACUUCCCAUCCCCUCCUACGAAGAAGCGACCGGUCAACCCUCAUCUUCUCGCGAACAUCUCGGCGAUGGCAGCGAUGCCGAACGCCAGGGGCUUCUUGCUCGCGAGGCCUCUCAUUAUCAACCCCCAACCGUGGAGUCCGUUCGCGGCAGCCUAGAUGACCUUGCGUCGUCGGCAUCGGGCUCAUCCCGAGGUUCAGCGGAUGAAUUACGCCGGGAACUAGAUCAGAUGGAUGUCGAUGACUCUGCAACAUCUUCCAGCCGCCGACCCCGAUUAAGACACCGAUUUUCCAAGCGAUUUUCCACUCUCACCCGAACCCUCUCCGCAAUCCAUCGGCCCUUACAACGAUACCUACCGAGCCUUCCCAGCUUUCGCUUCAGUUUUAAUCUCCAAGAUGCACGGUCGCGCAUGCGGGAUCAGGGAUGCCUUAUGUUAUUACGGCUAUUCGCCCUGAUGCUUGUCGUGACGUUGGUCUAUGUGUUCUUCAUCGGAGAUGUCUUCAACCUCAACAAUCGCAUGAUCAUGGGUCAGACCUACAGUUCCUCAUCGGUCGAGAAUUUCAUACAGGGCAACAUCAAUGACACCAACAUCGCUGAAACCCUCAGACACAUCACCUCAUUCCCUCAUAUCGCCGGCACCGAAGGUAGCUUCUAUCUGGCAGAAUGGGUCGAGCAGGCAAUGCACCGGGCAGGCUUCGACCAGGUCGAGCGGGAAGAGUUCCAGGUUUACCUGAACUACCCGCGCGCCGAUGGUCGCAAGCUGGCUAUUAUUGAUCCCCCGGCUUCGGUGUGGGAAGCCACCCUCGAAGAGAAUGACUCGGAAACCCCAGUGUUCCACGGCCAUUCCAAAUCCGGCAAUGUGACGGGACCUCUGGUAUACGCCAAUUUCGGCUCUCGGGAGGACUUCAAGCUGCUUGCCGACCGUGGUAUCUCCCUUGACGGCGCAAUUGCCCUUGUCAGAUACUACGGCACUGAACCAGACCGAGCCUUGAAAAUUAAAGCCGCGGAGCUGGCUGGCGCUGCCGGAUGUAUCAUCUAUUCUGACCCAGCCCAGGACGGGUUCGUCAAAGGUCCAGCCUACCCGAAGGGACGCUAUAUGCCAGCCGAUGGGGUCCAAAGAGGCGGGGUCAGCCUCAUGUCCCAAGUUGUGGGAGACGUUCUUAGCCCUGGGUGGGCUUCCACCCCGGAUGAGAAGCACCGGCUCUCACCCGAAGACAGCCCGGGUUUGACGAAAAUCCCUAGUCUUCCAAUCGCCUGGCGCGAUGCGCAGCGACUAUUGCAGGCCCUGGAAGGCCAUGGCUCUAAGGUUCCGAAGGAAUGGAUCGGUGGUGUACCCAAGAUUCAAGGAUGGUGGACCGGUGAUCAGAAUUCGCCGACAGUCCACUUGAUGAACCUCCAGGAUGAAGUAGAGAGAAUGCCCAUAUACAACGUGCAUGGGACAAUCCUUGGACUCGAAGAGCGCGACAAGAAGAUUAUUGUUGGCAAUCAUCGAGACUCUUGGUGCCUGGGAAGUGUUGAUCCUGGCAGUGGCACCGCAGUCUUUUUGGAGGUUAUUCGAGCCUUUGGUGAGCUGCUCAACUACGGCUGGCGGCCACUUCGCACCAUUGAGUUUGUCAGUUGGGAUGGUGAAGAGUACAAUCUCAUCGGUUCGACAGAACAUGUCGAAAAGGAUGUUGAGAGCCUGCGGAGCAAUGCAUAUGCAUAUCUCAAUGUCGAUGUUGGUGUAGCUGGCUCCGAGUUCCGGGCCGCAGGAUCGCCCGUGUUUGAGCGCUCAAUGCUGCAGAUCCUCGGACGUCUCUCUGACCCCACUGCCAAUAAAACACUGAAGGACAUUUGGCUGGAAAAGGGCAACAAGCUGGAUCCACUUGGCGCUGGCAGUGAUUAUGUGGCUUUCCAGGACAUUGCAGGUACCUCCAGUAUCGAUUUUGGAUUUGAGGGCGAGCCCUACCCCUACCACAGCUGCUACGAAUCCUUUGAUUGGAUGGAGAAAUUCGGUGAUCCAGGAUUCCAGUACCACAAGCUCCUUGCACAGUUCUGGAGUCUCCUCCUAUUGGAUGUUUCUGAAAACCCCAUGCUCCCAUUUGACAUUCAAGCAUAUGCCAGAGCCAUCACUGGCUGGGUGAAAGACCUUGAAGGGUUUGUCAAGUCUAAGAAAGCAAAUGUCAACCUGGAUGUCAUGUACAACGCAGCAGCAGAGCUGGAAGCAAAUGCAGUCAAGUUUGAGGCAUGGAACCAGGAAUGGCAUGAUACUGUCUGGGGCUCUGGCGGGUACGAGAGCAAUGUCAUGGCAAUCCAGCGCGUGAACCACAACCUACGCAUGGCUAGCUUUGACACGCAUCUCCUAGAUCUAGGAGAAGGUGGCGGCAUUCCUAACCGCACCCAAUUCCGCCACGUCAUUUUCGGUCCUGAAUUAUGGUCAGGCUACGAUGCAUCCAUCUUCCCCGCUAUCCGUGAUACCAUCAACACAGGCGACUGGUCUCUCGCCCAGCACUGGAUCAAUCGUGUUGCCGACAUCAUUCACACCGCCAGCAAUGAUCUCCUACACUAA